AUGGGUCAGGAGAUUGAAGGCAUUUAUAGCAUGAAAAACCUUAUGAAUAGCUUCAAAAUCAGUAGUUCUUGUUUCAUUGCAGAAAUAAGGGGCAAGGAUGCACCAUUGGAUACAUCUUCUUCUCAAGCAAAGUUAAAUUUGGUGCAGACUGAUUCUGAUGAUAUAUCAUCCCUACUCACCAUUGAUCCAGAGAUAGAAAACAUAUAUAACAGAUUUCAGUCAAUACCAGAAGCAUGUAACAUAGUAUUGAAACAUAAGUUGAAAGAAUUAGUAGAUCCAGCUAUAACUUCAUUGAUGUCGCCAGGUGUGAAAGUUCAGACAAAAGGAAGGAAUAUAAGAACUGAAGUUCUUCCGUUUUCUCCUCCUCACCCGAGGCUGAAGUUCACAGCCAAACCAAGAGGCAGUGAUUAUAUAUAUAUACAGAGAGAGAGAGAGGGAGAGAAGCGAAUUCUAGGUUUUUGGGGGCGGGGAGGGGGGCUGGGCGGGGGCUUAGAGACGAUGGAUAAUGGAGGACUGUUGUACCACGAGGUGCAGGAAUCGAAGUUGUGCGCUGUGCAUUGCGUGAACACGGUGCUGCAAGGCCCCUUCUUCUCCGAGUUCGAUUUGGCGGCUCUGGCUUCCGAUCUCGACCGCACCGAGCGCCAGAUGAUGGUCGAAGGAGGAGGAGGCGCCGCCGCCCAAGGUUUCCUUUCCGAGGAGUCUCACAACGUCUCCCUCGACGGCGAUUUCAGUAUUCAGGUUUUACAGAAGGCAUUGGAGGUGUGGGAUUUGCAAGUCAUUCCGUUAAACAGCACUGAUGCAGGACCUGCUCAAGUUGACCCAGAACUCGAAAAUGCAUUUAUUUGUCAUCUGCAGGACCAUUGGUUCUGUAUCAGGAAAGUGAAUGGAGAGUGGUACAACUUUGACAGUCUCUAUGCCGCCCCCGAGCAUCUAUCGAAGUUUUACCUCUCGGCAUAUCUAGAUUCUCUGAGGGGGUUUGGUUGGAGCAUUUUCCUUGUGAGAGGCAACUUUCCCAAGGAGUGCCCCAUUACAUCCUCGGAAGCUUCCAACGUAUAUGGUCAGUGGCUGACACCGGAAGAUGCUGGGAGGAUAACCAAGUCCUGCAACUCUGUACAGGGGCCGCCUCGCAGAACCAAUCCUAAUCCACAGGCUUCUAAUCCUAACCCGGAAGAGCAACUGCUCAUAGAUGAAGAAGAUGAGGAUUUGAAGGCUGCAAUAGCUGCCAGCUUGAUGGACAGUGCUGAUGCUGCGAUCCCCCAAGGUGAAAACAAGAAUAGUAGCCAGGAAAAUGCGUAAAGAAGGAACUUGGUUUGUUUAACAUAAAAAGAAAAAAGAACCUAGUUUUUUAUGUUCUAAAGUUAAACGUCUGUCAUUGAAUUCAAGCCUGGAAGUUAAACCAUUUUGGCCAGUUCCAUAGAAUUUGACUUGUAAACUAUUUUUUUGUUCUCUUUUUUCCUAAAGGUUGUAAAAAUUUUGACAAGAAUAAUUAAUACUCCAAAGUUCGAAACA